ACUUGAUGUUCCUUCCCACAAGUGGGGAGGAACAUCAAGUGAUUCACGCAACAGUAUGGCCCGGCCAGGCUACACCCCUGCCCUCCCUCUGCAGUAAUGUUCGACUGAUUGCGUUAGUCGCUUCAUUUCUGAACUUCAGGGCUCUGUUACUCUCUGCUACAAGACUCACAAUCAACUGACCAAAGAAGGUGAGAGCAGAUUUUUAUACUUUCACACAGUUUUUUUUUUCUGCUUUUGCUCCUACAGUGUGACAUGCAGACACCCUUUCUGUUCCUGUUAACUGAUCUGAUCACUGCUCCGGUCUGGACAAGUCUGCUUACAUUUGCUUGACACUGCAAUACUCCACUAAGUCCAAACUGUCCUGGGAAGCUGACGCCUGUUGAAUUUGAGAUUUGCAGAGAAAACUGUGGUUUAUUUUGUGUAGGAGUGCCUCAUCUUGUUGUUCAUUUUGUCUUUGUGAUUAUCUGAUCUGUCAACUCAACUUACAGCUGCUAUCCUUUGCUGAAAUUAGUGUUAAAAUGGUACUAAAGAAUGUUGAUAAUGUAAGGGAUAAUGUAAAGAUUGAAACCUCAAUCAUGAUCCACAAACAAAGUAAAGAUGCUGUCAGCACGUUUAAAAAAACAACUAGGAGGCCUGUUGUACUCAUUAUCUCCUUUCUCCGUGUCAGCCAAAAAACUCCUGAUUUAUCUCAAACUGGUAUCUGUAAAUAACAAAAUUUACAGGCAAGCACAAACAGUUACAUUGUGGUUGUUGUUGUCUUUAAAUUUUCUAACUUCCCACUGUUUUCUGGAGCUGUUAUCUUUGAGAGAAAGUCCUCUGUUUAUUUCCAAGUUGAUACAGUCACUAAUGUUGAUGUCGUUUUUUGCAGCAGUUUUAUUACUCCAAGCUCUGCAAACUUAGACAUAAUACCACACAGACAACAAACCUGUUCUCCUCACAUUUUCCAUGUGAGGAGAACCAUGUUAGGGGUUAGCCCUCAAGUACUGAUGAUAAGUGCUUGAUGGGCUACUUAAAGAGCCAUUAUCCAUAUUUAAAGCAUGUAAAUGAAGUGAAAGAAGACUAUGAAGCCAGUUGCCAAAGCCAUUGUUCUUCCUGCAAGCCAAUCAGGACACGUAACAUGUUUGCUGUUAGGAAGGGUAAAGCCAUUUUUAACACAUUUAUUCAUCAGAAUAAAAGACAGUUGUCCUCAUUCUCAGAGCCUUAUUGGCAGAAAGAUUGCACAGCUUUAAUGCACACUAAACUUGUUCAAACAAGACAAAACAUGCAAUUCAUAAAAGGUUUAAACACCUCCAAAGUGCACUGCAGAGCAAAGAACAUCUAUGAGCGCAUACAUUUAAAUGAGCCAUUAUGCUCUGAUUAGAAAUGAAAUAGCCUCCUGUCUGUCUUCAAAUGUACUUCACUGCACAAAAAAACAACUCACUCACACAGACCAUAGGAGCCACGUACAUUCAGAAUCUGCUGAUGGCUGGCGGUGAUAAACUUGAAUUUUUUGUAGCAUUAUUCUGCUCAAAGUUUUCAGUAACAAUGACAACAAUUCAACCUUCGGAUGACCGAAAAUGUAUAUUUAUCCAGGAGAUCUGUUAGUGUUGCUUUAACUUUACCAUUUUAUAACAAUCAGGGGUUUUAUCAGUCCAGAGCUGUUUGUGGUCCAACUCUGCACAUGGAGUUUGUUUUGUUGUGCAGAGUUGGACCAGUUCUUCUUCUAUAUUUGUACAUUGAUCUGAAUGUGUUGCUCUUUGCUGGUUAACUCCAGAAAGUUAACUUGAUUUAUAUUGUAAAAUUCACAUCAUAUUGUGCCGUCAUGAAUUGACAGCACAAUAAAUGUUAUUAAGUGUGUACUACUUCAUCAAGCUUAUCAUACAUGUAUGUGUAAUUCUGCACUGUUAGAAUUAGAGUGUCCAUUGCGGCUCUGUGUAACAGCAUGUGCAGAAGAUUCCAGCUCAUCUUUGCCUUCACAGUGCAAUUUGCUUUGUGAAUAAACUCCAAAGUAGCAGCAGAGGGUGAGGGUUUCAUUCUCCAAUUGAUGCACUUAGCUUCCUCUGCAUACUAUGUAGGGCUGCCUAACUUCUGCAACACAGCUGUAGAGCGUUUUUGUUUCCAUGUAUAUGAUUCCUGUCUCCAUCUUACACUUCAGUGUUCAGCGAUGGUGGCUCGUGUGGCGGUGAUCGGAGCAGGAAGUUCAGGUCUGGUCUGUAUAAAGGUCUGUGUUGAUGAAGGUCUGCAGCCUGUCUGCUUUGAAAGCAGUGAUGACAUCGGUGGCCUGUGGAGGUUUAAGGUGAGUGGGGACAGGCAUCAACAGAGCGUCUGACAGAUUUAACUUGUUGGUCAAAGUUUUAUUUAUGUCCUCUUUAGUGGACUUGAGCAAUCAGCUGACGUAAUUUGUUCUUUUCUGUCCUCAGGAGACACCGGAGCCUGAGCGUGCAAAUAUCUACCGCUCGCUGGUGGUCAACACGUCUAAAGAGAUGAUGUGUUUCAGUGAUUAUCCCAUGCCCCCCAACUAUCCAAACUACAUGCACAACUCCCAGCUGCUGCAGUACUACAGAUUAUAUGCCGAGCACUUUGACCUGCUGAGGCACAUCCACUUCAAGGUGAGUCCUGAUUCAGCAUCAGGUCCAGUUAGUCUAAAGUUUUAAACUGACUGAUGCAGAUUUAGGUUUCCACCUUUUAAAGAUAAUUGAAUCCUGGUUUUUCAUAAAAAAUGAUCGAGCCGGGUACAGAUACAGACUUUGAAAGAUUUGCAAAUCUUAAAAAGCGUGUGUUUGUGUGUGUUUUCAUGCUUCAGACCACAGUCAGGAGCGUCACACAGAGAGCUGAUUUCUCAGAGUCUGGUCAGUGGGAUGUAGUGACUGUUAACAGAGAUGGAGAGGAGGAGAGACACGUGUUUGAUGCAGUUCUGGUGUGUUCAGGUCACUACACUCAUCCAGCUUUACCGCUGACAGAUUUCCCAGGUCUGUGAAUGAAUACAAACCACUGUCAUGGUAUUUCACACAGUCAGAAGUCAGUUCAAUAGUCUUUACAUUCUAACAUGAGUCUUGGAUUUAUUUUUUCUUUUCCCCUCAUUGCAUUGUUUGUCUCUUUGCAGGAUACCAGACGUUUUCUGGUCAUUGUUUGCACAGCUGGGAGUACAAAGAUGCAGAUGCCUGCAGAGGGAAGAGGGUGGUGGUGGUUGGAAUCGGCAACUCUGCAGGCGACAUUGCAGUAGAACUCAGCAGAUUUACAGAAAAGGUAAGGAAAUGAAGAUUCACAUCUUGCAGAGAGUAGGGGGUCCUGAGAACAAUUUUCAGGCAUGCAUGGUCUUAUUUUUAAUGUGCAGGAGAUUUAAACUUGUUUUGAAUUUUCUGACAGACAUUUCUGAGCACGCGGCAGGGGGCCUGGGUGAUCGGCAGGAUGGCCAGUAAUGGUUUUCCCCUCGACAUGACUGCCAUCACUCGGUUCAACAACAUUCUCAUGCAACGUCUCCCAAAGAGUCUGACAAACUGGGCUGCAGAGAGAUCACUGAACAAACAAUUCAACCACAGACUGUAUGGCCUGCAGCCCAGACACAGGUAACACCUUCUGAUCCCAUGCAGAAGGGACUUAAACCUGCAUACUCCCUUUUGUCCAGCAGAGGGAGCUACACACAGGACAAGAAAAGGGUUUUACCUCUCAGUUCAUUUUUGUGUCACUGAUCAUGUCCUGUUUUCACAGACCAUUUGACAAAUGGCCUCUGAUCAAUGAUGAUCUUCCUGGUCGAAUCCUACAGGGGGCGCUGGUGAUGAAACCAAACCUGAGAGGGUUCAGGGGCUCUGGGGUUGAGUUUGAAGAUGGCUCUGUGGAGGAAAACAUUGACUCUGUGGUUUUCUGUACGGGUUAUAAAGGAACCUUUCCCUUCCUGCCUGCAGCUUUGACCAAUGGGCCCAACGGAGAGUUCACACUGUACAAGUAAGAGAGCCAGGAGGGUGUAGAUUUGUGCAGCCUGAGCUCAUCACUAUUAUCAUGUUAAUAAGAAAGUUUAAAAUGUUUGUAACACUCUGAAAAAUUGAUUCACAUGUAGUGUGAUCUUAAAUAAUGUCAGAUGUCUUAAAAUGUUUCAAGGUUCCUUUAAAAGUUUCACUAAAACAUCAAGAAAGUUCAAAUAAAAUGUUAAUUCUUGACAUUUUAAUGAUCCAAGGAUCAUUUGUAAGAUUCCCAAGAACUUGAAGAGAUGUUGAAGAGCUCUCUCUAAGUUCAAAAGUCACAGGAACUUUCUCAAACUCUGGUUGAACCUUUGAUUGAUCUGACAAACUUUUGUGAUUUCUUGGCUUUUUUGUUAAAUCCUGAGAAUAGGGUCCAAAAAAGAAAAAAAAAAGAAACAUUUGGGAGAUCCUAAAAAUUCUUCAGAUCCUUAUAAAAUAAUAUCCGUAAAAUCUGCCUCCAAAUUUUUUAAGAUCCUCAAAAACUUUUUAAGAUCCUUCAAGACUCCUGGCAACUUUGUACAAUACUAAGGACCUUAAUGGAAAGAAAUAUUGUUGAAAUCCAGACAAAACUUUGAGAUCUUCCAAGAUUUAACAAUGUCCAAUAAUUCGCAAAUAUCCUGAGAAACCUAAAAACAACCCUUUAAAGUUUCAGGAAUUAUCAAGAAAUCCUUUUUCUUUCUUUGGAUACCAAAAUACUUUUUUGUGAUCCUCAGAAAGAUGUUUUAAACAGAUAAAUUAUAUAAAGUCCCUAAGAAGUUUUCAAGAAAUUUAUUUUAUUUCUUCAAGGUUGUCAAAAGCCUGGGUAGGAUCCUUUAUUCCAAAAUUCUGGUUAACUCUUUAAGAGCCUUAGAAAGGGAGAUCCUGAAAAAGCUCUCAAGACUUGAAAAAAUCUUAAGUGAGAAACAAAGUUGGCUGUAAAAGAGUUGUGUCCAUUCAUGCCUAAAGUGAUUCGGUUGCUCCCCAUGCAUAGUGGUCUGCGUGAGUUGGGAAGAUGGUUGUAGUGAUGAAGAUAAGGAUGUAGCUUGGUGUCAGUAAUAAAACUUAUGUUGUUGUUUUUUUUUUUACAUGAAACUGAUGACAAAAAUUUAAAGCUUUGUCUAUUUUCUCCUUUUUUUUUGAAAGAGGCCAGUUUAAGGAUUUGUUGCUCAUUUUCAUUUCUGCCACAACAGCCUUGACUACAACAAUCCACCCUCUAUCCCCUUCAUACUUUACUCACCAGCAGUUUAUGUCAGUGAUGUUUAGUCUUUAUUUAUUAAUUUGUGAAAGUUAGUUUUACUCCUUUGCUUUCAGACGAGUGUUCCCUCCAUCUCUGUCCAAACCCACGCUUGCCAUCAUGGGUCUUUUACAGGCUAGAGGGCCCAUCAUGCCUAUUGUGGAGAUGCAGGCAAGGUGGGCAGUGAGGGUCUUUACAGGUAAAAAAAGAAAACAACAAACAAAUACAACAGUGUAUUACGUGUUCAAAGAUCCACACAUUUGUACAUGCACGGGCUUCUUGAAAAAGAACUCAGUAUAAAAGGUGAGCUGAUGUAUUUUUUUACCUUUAAGGUUUCUGCCGUCUCCCAACUGAGGAGAAAAUGCUAGAAGUCUUUGAGUCUGACAGAAAGAGCAACAUGAAAAGGUAAAACUCUUCUUUACCGUUGUGGUAAGGUUAACUAUUUCUCAACAUGGUAAAUACAGUUUGAUUUAUUUUUGCAGCUGUCCGUGCCCUCGUCAGGCAGCUCUGGAGGUGGAUUACAUCUCCUACCUGGAUUUUAUGGCUGAGAAGGUUUGUCCAGAUCAGCUCCAUUAUUUUUACUUGUGAUUAUAAAUUUCUGAACAUUCACGCGGUGCGUUUAAAGCCAUCAAUUUAAAAUUUUGCUCACAGGUCGGAGUUCGGCCAAACCUCCUGACUCUCCUGCUGACCGACCCAGUGCUCUGGAUUAAGGUUUUAUUUGGUCCUGUCACUCCAUAUCAAUUCCGUCUCACUGGCCCUGGACGCUGGACCGGAUCCCGGCAGGCCAUCCUGACUCAAUGGGAUCGAGUGGUUCAGCCUUUCACAACCAGAGCAGUCCCUGAACCAGACAGCCGACCGACCUCGCUCUACCCGCUGUGGCUGCUGCUGUUCGGAGGGACCGUGGUAGUCGCUGGAUUUCUUUCUCUGCAGGAUGGAGAUCAGAUUCUGGGUCAGUGCAGGACUCUGCUGCGGGACUCUUGGUUUACAAAAAUAACAGGAGCGACUUUUGGUUUGGUUUGAAAAAUAAAACCAACAUUUUUAUUUUUAGAUCUAAAUUUAACACGUAAAAAAGAGAGACAAAGAGACUCACAGGUCUGAAAAUUGAAUAGGUCAUGCUUUGUAUUUAUGAAUUCAUCAUUUUUUGCUCUGUAUGCAGACAAAAACAGAAUCAUUGCACAUUUUAGAAGUGCAGCAUCUUCAAAGUGUUGAGUUGCAUCAAAAAAAAAGUCUGAUUACAGUCUAUCUGUCUGUGUAAUCCAACACUAAAUGUAUAGAAAGAGCAGCAAGACAGGACUCAAACUGACCAGAAGACAGACUUUAAUUUGUACAUAAACAUUUGAACUUUUGAGACACUGCACUUUGACUUAUACGAUCUCUCCUCCUGCCAUCUCUGUGUGCACACAACUUGUAUGUGAAUAAAGAACCUGUAUUUUAUAUGAA